GUGACCCUGCAAACUGACUUCCUGAACUGAGGCACAGGAGCAGCCGGCAUGGGGCAGGCUGGACGCCAGUUCCAAGCCCUGCUCUGGAAGAACUGGCUCUGCAGACUCCGACAUCCAGUUCUCUCCUUGGCUGAGUUCUUCUGGCCAUGCAUCCUGUUCAUGAUUCUGACAGUGCUUCGCUUUCAAGAACCUCCCAGACACAGAGACAGUUGUUACUUGCAAGCCCGGGAUCUGCCCAGCCGGGGUGUUCUUCCUUUUGUUCAAGGACUUCUUUGUAACACUGGCUCAAGUUGUAGAAACAUCAGCUUUGAGAGUUCCAUGGAUCACCAUUUUCGUUUGUCUAGGUUCCAAACUGCAUCUGAUGACAGAAAAGUCAGUAGCUUGGCCUUUUUAAAUGAGAUCCAGGACCUGGCUGAGGACAUUUUUGAAACAAUGGACAAGGCAAAGAACUUACAAAAGCUCUGGCUGAAAAGAUCGGAAGCCCCUGGUUCCUCUUAUGGCUCCAGUUUUCUAACAGUGGAUCUCAAUAAAACUGAGGAUGUGAUAUCAAAAUUGGAAAGCCUUCACCAGCAGCCUCAUAUUUGGAAAUUUCUACAUUCACUGCCCAGCUUGCCCAUGCCCAGUGCUCCCUUGGAAGACAGCAUGGGUGCUGUGAUACAUUUUCUCCAGGCGGGUUUGAAUUCCUUAGCAUCUCUGGGAGAUUUGGAUUGGCUACCCCUGCACCAGACCAUCUCCCUGGUUUCUAGGCAUGUUCUGAAUGUGACCAUUUCCACCCUAAGGUUUCUGCAGGAGCACAGAGCAGCUGCCAAUGAGACUGUUUACCACCUGUCCCUGAAGAAUAUGUUGUGGAAUCCUGAGAAAGUCCAGUCUGAUCUCGAAUCCCUAUUUGGUUUCAACAACAUUCAAAUGCAACACAUGCUGAAUUAUUCAGCUAAGCUGGAGGAGAUUCCUACACACAGCUUCCUAGAGAGAAUGGUGUGUUCCAUCUUGUCCAACACUUCUGAGGAUGAAGCCGAGAGCAAGGGCUACCAGGCAGACUGUCAUCCCAAGUGGUCAGCAGUCAAGAACUAUGUCAUCCAUGCAGUCAGUUGGCUGAAGCUCUAUGGACAGGUGUUUGAGCAGUGGCAGCAGGGUCGUCUGCUGCAGAACCUGCUUUCAGGUGCCAGCCACAGUCUGGCAGCUCUUAGGGACCAGUUUAAACAGCAGAGCGAGUCGUGGAAGGUGGUGGAAGCACUGCACACUGCCCUGCUCAUCUUGAACGACAGCUUGGCAGCAGAUGACCCCAGAGACAGCCAUCUGUCUCCACAGAUAUUCCAGCAUCUGAGCAAGUUGCAGCAUGCACUGUCAGACCUGUCCCCGUGGCCAGCUCUGAAGGGAUUGCCCCUGCUGGAUACAGUUCUCAGGAACAUGGUUGGCCAGGAUUUGCGGUUUGUUCAAGAAGUCCUCCGUUACCUGGAGAGGUCCGCAAAGGAUUUUAUACCUGCUGGGUCUGAAGGAUGGAGACUAGAAAAGGAUGUGUUAUUUCGGGGCCUAAACCAGCUGUUGACACAGAAUGCUUCUGCCAUUUGCCCGAGUGGCCAUUUGUCUCAGGAGACUCCACUCCACACUGGGAAUUCCAGCGUCUGGAGGAGGAUCUGGGAAGUGCUCUGCCAUACUCUGGCCUUCAAUGAGACCAGUGUUUUAAAGGAGACGCUUCGAGCAGUGAGAGAUGCUGGUCAUAGUUUGCAAGCUGUCAUUUCAGGACACACAAAUGGAUCAGUUUCAGAACAUGGUGGGCAUUUCGGCUGGCAGGAUAUUGGGGCACAGCUGUCAGACGUAAGCUCUACCUGUUCUCAGGUGUUCCAGAUUCCAAGAACUGAUCCCUCACAAUCAGGAGAGAAUAGUGUCUCUCCCGAUGGCUGUGAGAACCAGCUUGUCUCCACAGUGCUAUCUCACAUACUUGAAGAAGUUCAAAUGUCUAUGCAAAAUAUGUCCUACUGGAAAAUCCUCUCAGGGAUCAUCAGGAAGACAUGUGAAUUGGCUCGAUAUGUGAACGCGCAUGGAAGUUUCCAGAAUAGUCUGAUAUCUUUCUCUGAGGACUCGCCUUGUUAUACACAAGACUUGGAUUGGAAAGUCAUCAUUGAUAAUUAUUUUGUAUUUUUUAAUAACUUUAAGAAGUCUCCAAUAACUUCCAUAACUACGGCCUUCUAUUUUACAAAGCACCUUCUAGUGGUGGACAAGAUGUUGCACACCCUUGAAAAUGGACAGAUGAACAUUCUUUUGUCAUUUGUGGAGUUUGUGGAGAGAUUAUCAUCUAAUCCUUCUGUCUCAUUUACUGCUCCUGACUUUCAUAAUCUUUCUUCUCUCACGGAGCUUGUUCUGAAUAGAAGUGUUUCAUGGAUAACUCAUUUAAAAAGUUUAAAGGCAGACUCAUCUGAUGGUGCUGCUCAGAAACUUCUGGAAUUUGAUAAGCUCGUCAUUGAAAAAAUUCAAAGACUUAAAAAUCAUUGGAUGAAGAAGGAAUCCAAAAAUAUUUUGAAUAUUUUAGAAUUACUACUUCUUGAAAUUAAUUCAGAAUUGCAAGAAUUCUGGCUGAAUGGUAUUUCACAAGAAGAAAGAGCUAAUAUUGAAAUCUUUUCUACACUUGCAAAUUUUUCUGUUGCAGAAUAUGAAAAAAUUCUUUGUAAACGCUUUAAUUUCUCCCAAUUGUUCCAAUCUGAUUGGCCCAAAUCACUAGCCAUGAAUGCAGACUUUCUACAUUUAAGUGAGACUACAAUGUAUAGUCUCUGUGAACUUAGCUUUCUGACACAGAAACAAGUCUCAAAAGCUCUGAACACCAUCUAUGUUCUGCAGAAUACAUCUGAACUUUUCUCAGCCCUUUCUGAGCCACAAAAACAAGAACUGGAUAACUUUUUGACUCAUAUAUACAUAAACAUCUUCAAGGACAAAGACAUAGCUCUAUUUCUGCAAACCUAUUCUUCAUUCUAUCAAUAUCUUCAUAAAUUCUUCAAUAUUCAGAAUAGACAGCCUCUGAUAACUUAUCUUUCUCAAAUAUCCAGACACAUUUUGGACCUCCUAAAGCAGUUUAAUGUCCAAAACAUCAGAGAAGCACUUUUGUUUUUGUCGGAGACAACAGAGGCUCUUGGGAUGAUACCUGAAGUAUCUUACUGUCAGAAGUUGCUUUCAAUUUUCAACUUUUUAGAACUUCAAGCCCAGUCCCUGAUGGUGAGAGGGGGGCCAGCGGAAGCAGUGAUUCAUGCUAGUUUGACAGGCCUCAGGCAGCUGUUCUCAGCAGAUGAAGGCUUUCGUGUUUCUUUUCUUCAGUAUGUCACUCAGUUUUUUAAUGGUUCAGUGGAAACCCUGUUGGCGAAUGAAUGCUUCAUUCAGGAAAAUGGUACCAUUUCUUCUGUGAGUUAUUCAGGAAAUGAGGGGUCCUCCCUUCCUUUUCCAUGGACACAUUUUUUCCCCAACCUCUCAGUAAAUGGCAGUACGAUCAGUGAAUUCACGGCCAUCCACUGCACCCUUUCAUGGGUUCAGACGUGGACUGAGAUCUGGAGAAGCAUUUCCCAAAUAUUUAAUCUGGACCUGAAUGUUUUUAUUCCUCUUCAUGUUAGUAUCACUCAGCUUUUGGAUGACCUAAGAAAUUAUGGGAAUAUUUCUAAAGACUGCCAAGGAAUAGUUCCCACAUAUCACACUGCUAGGCUCAUAUUAAAUUUGCUUAGAAAUGUAACUCAGGAGAAUGACUCUCAUGACUGGGAUGGCCUUCAGGACCUCAGGGAUCUUUGGGUAGCAUUUGGUAAUGAAUUAAGUGCAGUACAAUCACUUAACCUGGACCACGUAGAGAAAUCUUUCAUCACCAUGGAAACUUCGCUAUACCAGCUGAAGACAUUUCCAAUGAAAAAUGCAAGCAGGGAUUUUUUAUAUUCCCUGUUUGAUAUCUUCAUUGAGUUAAGCAAAGCCUCAGACUUUGCGGAUAGAAAUGUGGAGUUGAUCAAUAACUUUCUUUCAAAUGAUCUCACUGAUCAUCGAGCCAAAUUUGCAGGUGUCAUCACUGAGCUGAAAGAAAUGAUAUUAUUUCUUAGGAAUGUGUCACAGGGUGGAACUUUAUUAUCAUGUGCUGAUAUUUUCCAGAGAAUCACUGAGUUGAUUUUCAAAGAUAGCUUAUUACCUGUGAACACUUCUAAUAAGCCAGCACAUAUUCUGGCCAUGUUAAGUUCUAUAUUUUCAUCAAAGAACACAAGUAGCAGCCUGGAAGGGUGCAUCACAUGGAUAGAUAUCGCAAACCAUCUCUGUAUAAUGUAUAACUCAAGUUCCUUAACCAGCCAUAGUCAUAACAUACUGGGAAACUUUAAGGAUAUGGGGAACAAAAUGAGCUAUGUAUUGAAAAUUUUAACUUGGAUGCUAAAUAAGAAGAAACCCAUUUGUCCACAGAAUGAGUCAAAUAUAAAUUGUGUAAAUAUUUACCUGAAAGACAUAACUGACUUUCUAAAUAUUAUAGUUACUACAGGCUUGGAAAAAGAGAAUGUGCCUAAUGUUGACAUUUUAUUAGCUCUUUUCAAUGAGUCCACUAAGCAAGUAGGCAUGAUCAUCACCAACUUAACAGAAUAUCUCAAUGUUGCUUCUCAGUCCAACUGGAAGCACUUUAAGGAUUUGCUUCUAAGACCUAUGGAAAUGUCAGAUGACACUCCUGACCAGUUUCAGAAUAUUUGGCAGCACAUCAUAGCAUUGGGGAAGGAAAUGCAGAAGUUUUUAAAAGGUAUUUUCCAUAGUGUCCUUGGAAAUAAUUCCUCUUCUAACACUGAAACAAUGUAUAGUAUAUUCUCUACCAGUCCAAAGGAAGGAGAUAUAAGCCAUUUAGCCAAAUCAAUUUACAACUUAGCUAACUACUUUGCUCUCAACUUAACUCAUAAUCUUCAGAAUUCAUCAGAAGUAGUCCCGCAUGAAAUAUUGAAAGCUGUGUAUCUUGGUAUCCAAUUGACACGGGAUGUGUUCAAUUUUUUAAUGCCUGCUGUCCAUUUCAAUAUUCCACAAAGUUCAGAUCAUGCUCAAGCUUUAAAGAAAGUGACAUCUUUCUUGCAUUCUCUCAAGAAGGCAGACAUAGAGCUCUUAGUAGGCCAGCUUGGAGAAAACAGUGAAAUCCUAAUGAGUUUCUUUAAGAAUCUCAGCAGAGCAGGCAUCAGCCAUUUAGGGGUCGAUAUGCUUGUGGGCUUAUUGGAAAAAUUUGUGGACAGCUCCCAUUCCUGGAGUGUUAGCCACCUGCUGCGUCUCUCCCGUCUGCUUCCCAAGGAUGUGGUGGAUACUGUGUUGGAUGUAUAUUAUGCUCUUCCCCACAUUGUGGAGCUCCUUCAGAGAAUCACAGACAAAAACAUCACAGAAAGCCUCGGGGAUGUCUAUAACUUUACCCUUCUUCAUGGCAUAACCAUGUUCAAUAUCACCAAGGAAGACUUUGCUCAUAUGGUUAAAACUCUUCGGGAUACUGUUGAGUUGGUAGAAGAUGAGCCAGCUAUUGUUUCAGAGGCUUUGAUGUGUCUUAGCAGGGUUUGGUGCUCAAACUACACAAGUUUCAGGCUUGAGAAAAACCCUAAGGUAGAAGGCUGUAAUAUCCAGAGACAAAUGUCUUUGUCCUUUUUACACAUGGUGACUAGUUUACUGGAUCUUCUUCACCUGCUACCCCCACGUGACUCACAGUGCAGAGGCGAAAAGUCUAGAGUGGAAAUAACCAGGAAAGUGGUCUGUGCUGUCCAUGAGCUAGCAGACUGGAAUUCCAUUCUCUCAGAGCUGUUGGAGACUUUUCAUGUUAAAAAUUUACUUGUGAAAGCUCUGCAGGGAUUUUGGCAUAAGGUAUUACCCUUCAUGUCAUCUUCUUGGAUUCAAGGUAAUGGCAGCAUCUCAGAACUCUGUCUGAGCAGCACCAUAAAGCAAGGUGCUUUGCAAAUCAUAGAAAAGCUAAAAUAUAUCAAUUUUACAAAAAUACCACUUGGUGAAAACAGUCUGGACAAGCUAGGUAACUUAGGUAAGAUUCUUACCCUCACUAAAGGCACAGGGAAGACUGUCCAAAAUAAUGUUUUCUUAAAUUUGGAAAGAUUAUUCAAAUUGAUUUCUGCUACUUGGACUUUAAGAAAUAAUACUCAUUAUCUGCUCUCUCCAAUCACAAACUUUCUGAAUGGAAAUCAUACAGAUAGGACUUUAUUUAAAAAUGAUAAUGCAACUUACAACUUUGAAGAACUGUGGCUGGACUUUAAACAGGUUGCCAAAGACCUAACCAGUAACUUGAGUCUAGGACAGUUACAUUCUAAUAUUAACAAAAAGAUCCAAGGCAUAGGUCUUCAAAACACAACUGUGGAACUUCCUCAACUUCUGGAACUCCUGGAUUCAUCACCAGUGAAAACGUCAGAAGUUAUUGAAGGUUUUUUAUUUCUCAUAAAAUACUGGCUACAUGAGUAUGAAAAUGAAGAUUUCCUUAGGUUUAUGCAAAAACUACUCAAUGCUAUGGCAAGUGGGAAUUCAACUGAUGUAAUUAUGUUGGCCGGGGAUUUUACUAUGUAUUUGGGCUAUCUCAGAAACCGAUCUAGAGAAGACAAUUUUGAUGCUGGCUUUCUUGGCCAUAUGCUGAAUCAAGAAGAGCUCACUGACCUCUCAGCUGUGCAGUGGCUUCUUGAAAGCAUUGUGAUGAAUUCAGGAAGUAAUGUUGCUGAGCUAUCUCAGGAAGCAGCUCCCAGCUUCAGUGGCACCAGCCUUCAAAUAGCAGAUUUCCUGAAUCUCAUCUCGAACCACAUGCAGUCCAAAAAUGACGGGGAAGCUGCAGGAAGCACAGAGGAUUUCCUGAAGCAGCUUCUGGAGACAUUCUUCUCAUCCUUGCUAAAUGGAUUGCAUGAAAAUAAAAUAUCCCUCCUGCUAAAAGACUUCCACAGCGAUGUCACUGCAGAGAUGAGUUUUGUUCCUAGAGAUAAAAUUGUUGAAAUUCUGAAACUGGAUCCAUUCCUUAACUGGAUGAACAAGAACCCAUUGAUGAACAUUUUCUCAAGUCUCAAGACUGUAUAUUAUCUGAUUAAAGACUCAUUUUCAGUAGAUAAUCAAGAACUCUCUGGAGUCCUGAAAGGUUUAUCUCACAUCCAUCCAAGGGAUCCUACAGUGAAAACUGACACUGAAGACCAUUUGGACUUGUUUACUGUAGUGGCUCAGUUUCUCUCCCAAGUUAAUACUUCUGAGGAUCUCUCUAAAUUCAACCAAAAUCUCAAGUCUGUUCUCCACCUUGUACAGGAAAGUUCUGCAGAAAUGGCUACUAUUAUAGACACUGUCUUAUACCCAACUACUGGGGCCUGCUACUCCUCCUAUCCUAUGUUCCAACAUGCCAUGGUUGCUAAGCUAAGUGAAUUGUUUUCUGUUGUCAACAGUUCAUUCCCUCUAAGAAACAGAGAGAUACUAGAAUCAACUAUGAGGUUAUUUGGUGCCAUUUCCCGAGUUGGUGAAGAAAAUCAUGCCCUGGAGUCAGCCUUAGAAAUAUCUAAAACUCUGACUAUGUUGGUGAAUAGCACUGCUGAACUAGGCCAUCUUGUUUUAUCAGUGGAUUCUAUGGUGAGACUUCUCAACCUAGCCAAAAAUGUCUCAGGAAAGAUGGCUACAAUGUUGGAAACCCUUUCCAUCUUUAAUACAGAGGACUCCGGGAAAUUCUUUGACACUUUGUAUUCUAUCAUGCUACAAAGUGCUCAACAUCAUGUGAAACAAAUAACUACUUUGAAAAAAGUAGAUCCUUUCAUAUUUGUAAAGACAAAGGAUUUGUUGAUACCAUUUCUUGACUUGGUCUUUGGGAUGAUUGGAGUCACACCUAACGUAUCACAGGACUCUAAUGUUUUCAGCAUGUCAUCUAGCAUACUUUCAAAAUAUGUCAACCAAUCCAGAGACUUUUCUGAGACCUUGGAAGAAAUGGCUGAAACCUUAAUUUCUAUAAAAAUCAGCUUGAGAGAUUGGGACCAUUUUGGGGCGAUGAUUAAAAACAGGACUCAAAAUUUCUCUAUUGGUGCUGCUGACUUAGGGGAAGAAAUUCUAGAUUGUUUAGUCCCUAUAAGUAACAUAACCAACCAAAUGGACUUCUUGAAGCUUUAUGGGCUCUCUUCUCCCAGCCAUCCUCAGGUCCCGAAACAGGAGAGAAAUCAUAAUGUCAUCCACUUUUUGAGUGGAAUGUUAACAGAUAACAGCACAGAAAGAGAGACGUUUUUGAAAAUGGUGAUUGACCUCACCUUACAAGCUCUUUGGAAUGGCUUGAAGGAAGGUAACUGGGAUAUUUUUAAUCUUCUGUUGGCAUUCGCCCAGCAUCCAAAUGAUCUUUUAAAAACCAUAGAAUCAGUUGUAGAGGCCUCUAGCAGAAUUCACAGUGAGUAUCGAGAUGACUUCAACCAAGAUUCAUUUUCUGAUUUGUCAUUGAGUCAGAACACCACUCGCUAUCAGCUUGCAAAGGCAGUCCUGAUUGGUCUCAGUGGAGCAGGCUUCUCAAGGGAAGGGCUUCCCCAAAACAACACUCAGUGGACACAUUUCAUGCACACUUUGCUUCACCCAGAUUACAACAGUUUUCCUAACUCAGCCGUUCAUCAGAACAUCACAUCAGCAGAGGAUGGGAGGACCAAGGAAGAAAUGGCAAUUCCUCAUGGCUCAGAACCAAUAUCAUACCUCCAGAAAUUCCUGAAGGCAUUAUUUGUAUCGAUUGAACACUGGCAGGAGGAUCCACAAGCUGAGCAAAGUGUUUUUGAGAUGUGUCAAGUUUUCCGGCAGCUGCAGAAGCCCAUGGAUGCUUUGGAGAUGCUGCACAGAGUGGAGAUGAUUGCUCUGCGGGGGUUCAUCAUCUUUGCAGAAAACCCUUCCCUGACUAAGGACAUUCUGUGUGCUACACUGAGUUGCAAGCGAGGUGGGAUGAGGCAACUUAUCUUAUCUGCUUUGCAAGGAGUCACUUUAGUCCAUCACCACCACCAGGAAAUUGGAAAGAUAUGGUCAUCACCUGAUCAGCUGGACUGUGAAUGUCUCAGCAGGAAUCUUUCCCAUGCCUUGGAAGGCUUAAAAAGCAUCUUGGAAAAUGCUUCCAGCCAUAGCUGCACGUGCCAGCCCUUGGUGGGAACAGUUCAGCAGCACAUGCAGAGGUUGACCAAAAGUCUCGAGGAGGCUUGGAUGUCAAAGAUUCCUGUUAUGACAUUUCUUAGCAAUUUCACAGUCACUGAGGAUGUAAAAAUAAAGGAUUUGAUGAAGAAUGCCACCAAAUUAACUGAGGACCUUCGCUCCUUCUUCCACAUCUCUGAGGAAACCAUCCACAGCAUCUUAGAAGCCAACAUUUCCCAUUCAAAGGUUCUCUCCAGUGUCCUCACCAUUGCCUUGUCUGGAAAAUGCGAUGAAGAAAUUCUCCAUCUCCUGCUGACAUUUCCAGAGGGUGACAAAUCCUGGUUUGCCACCAGGGAACUCUGCAGCCUGCCUGGGUCUCAGGUCUUCUCUCUGCUCGUGAUGAUAGGCCAGAACCUGAACCUGAGGAAUGUCAUUUACAAAACUCUGAUACCCUCCGAAGCAAAUGGCUUGCUGAAGUCUCUGUUGGACGUCAUUGCUAGGCUCAGCUCCAUCCUUGCCAGAGCCCAGCACGCCCUUGAAUACCUCCCUGAGUUUCUUCGCACAUUUAAAAUCACGGCCUUGCUGGACAUGCCAGACUUCCAACAGGUUUCGUCAAAUGGCCAAGCCAGAAGUUCAUCUUUCGCCUCUUUCCAGUCAGUAAUGAAGCUUCUCUGUAAGGACCAGGAGUCUUUCCUCAGCAGUUCAAACAUGUUUGUUAAUUUACCCAGAGUUAAUGAACUCUUGGAAGAUGACAAAGAGAAGUUCAACAUUCCUCCUGACUCAACACCAUUCUGUUUGAAGCUUUAUCAGGAAAUUCUACAGUCUCCAAAUGGUGCACUGGUAUGGUCUUUUCUAAAACCUGUAUUACAUGGAAAAAUAUUGUAUACUCCAAAUUCUCCAGAGAUUAAUGAGGUCAUUCAAAAGGCUAAUUAUACGUUUUACUUUGUGGAUAAAAUAAAAGUUUUAUUGGAAACAUUUCUGAAGAUAUCCAGUCUUUUCCAGGGAAGUGGAAAUGGUCAAAUGUUCAACCAGUUGCAGGAUGCCCUGAGAAACAAAUUUAUAAGAAACUUUGUAGAGAGCCAGUUGCAUAUUGACAUGGACAAGCUCACUGAAGACCUGCAGACAUAUGGGCAGAUGCUGGAUAAGAUGUUUAACCAUGUGGAGGCUGGGCACUUCCAGUUCUUGGGUGGCAUCUUGGCCAAUCUUUCUUCCUGUGUGUUGUUGGAUCGAUUCCAGGCAGUGGAGACUGUUGACACCCUGGAGACCAAGGCACAUGAACUCAUGCAGCAGAAUACUUUCUUGGCCAGUAUUAUAUUCAACAGUUCCUUAGGACAUAGACACAUUAGAUCAGCACCUCACAAAUUGCCACCCCAUGUCACAUAUACAAUCCGGACCAAUGUUUUAUACAGCAUGAGGACAGACAUGAUAAAAAAUCCUUCCUGGAAGUUUCAUCCUCAGAAUCUACCAGCCAACGGGUUCAAAUAUAACUACAUUUUUGUUCCACUACAAGACAUGAUCGAGAGAGCCAUCAUUGUGGUACAGACUGGGCAGGAAUCCCUGGAGCCAACCACACAGGCACAGGCAGCUCCCUACCCAUGCCAUACCAGUGACUUGUUCCUGAACAACGUUGGCUUCUUUUUCCCACUGAUUAUGAUGUUGACUUGGAUGGUGUCUGUGGCCAGCAUGGUCCGGAAGCUGGUUUAUGAGCGAGAGAUCCAGAUAGAAGAGUACAUGCGGAUGAUGGGGCUGCAUCCAGCCAUCCACUUCCUGUCCUGGUUCUUGGAGAACAUGGCUACUCUGGCUCUGAGCAGUGCUGCUCUUGCUGCCAUUCUGAAGAUGAGUGGCGUCUUCAUGCACAGUGAUGCCUUCAUCAUUUUUCUUUACUUGCUGGAUUUUGGGGUGUCAGCUGUCAUGCUGAGCUACUUCCUAAGUGUGUUCUUCAACCAAGCUAACACAGCAGCACUGUGUACCAGCCUGGGGUACAUGAUCAGCUUCCUGCCCUACGUGAUCCUCUUGGUCCUACAUAACCAACUCAGUUUUGCUGUUCAGACUCUUCUGUGCUUGCUUUCAACCACAGCCUUUGGACAAGGAGUCUUUUUCAUCACAUUUCUGGAGGGACAGGAGGAAGGGAUCCAGUGGGGUAACAUGUACCGAGCUCCAGAACCAGGCGGCAUGACAUUUGGCUGGGUCUGCUGGAUGAUUCUGUUUGAUUCAAUCCUUUAUUUUUUGGGUGGAUGGUAUUUCAGCAACUUGGUCCCUGUUCACCAAGAAACCAAGUCACACAGUGAUGAACUAAUGUAUUCAGGGGAUGUGUUUUUGAUGCUUCUGCAAGAUACCAACAAAAAGUCUUCUAUCACUCCCGACAACAAAGCAGAGCCUCAGAAUGACAGACCUGUAAGACUGUCUCCUUGCCACAGUGGCUCUCUUGUGAGCACUGCUGCAGUAUGGGCCCUGCCAGAUCCGAUGGGUGGCUGCCGGCUACUUCUGGGACAAGCAGUGGCUCUCCUGAGGAAGCGGCUACUGCAUACACUUCGAGCCUGGAAAAGCACCGCCUCAGAUCUGCUCCUGCCUGUGCUCUUUGUGGCCUUGGCUAUGGGCUUGUUCAUGGUGCAGCCUCUGGCCAUCACGUACCCUCCACUCAAACUUACCCCUGGCCAUUAUGAGACUGCAGAAACUUACUUCUUCAGCAGUGGGAACCAUGGCACAGAUCUUGCUCAAGUGCUUCUGCGAAAGUUCAGAGAUCCAGACCCCACGUGUGCUGAUGCUCACAGGAUGAAUUCUUCAAGAUGGCGCAGGGACCCUUAUUCUGGCCCAGAAUUUCAGGACUCAUGUGGCUGCCUGAAGUGUCAAAAUAAAAGUGCUGGUGCUCCGUCUCUGACCAACUGCCUAGGACACACACUGCUCAACCUCUCGGGCUAUGAUGUGGAAGAGUACUUGCUGAUGCCAUCUGCAAAACCAAGGCUUGGAGGUUGGUCUUUUGGAGUACACAUACCCAAUGAUGCUGAAGAUUUUAAGACAAACACAUCAAAACCAAGGACUUUGGCGAAGGUGUGGUACAAUCAGAAGGGUUUCCAUUCUCUACCCUCCUACCUCAAUCAUCUCAACAACCUGAUCUUGUGGCAGCACUUGCCUGCCAACACUACAGACUGGAGACAAUAUGGAAUAACCCUGUACAGCCACCCAUAUGGAGGGGCCUUACUCAAUGAAGACAGGAUCCUGGAGAGCAUCCGCCAGUGUGGUGUUGCCCUCUGCAUUGUCCUGGGAUUCUCCAUCUUGUCAGCAUCGAUUGGUAGCUCUGUGGUGAGGGACAGAGUGACUGGAGCUAAAAGGUUGCAACAUAUAAGUGGCCUUGGACACAGGACAUAUUGGCUCAUUAACUUCCUGUAUGACAUGCUCUUUUACUUGGUUUCCGUCUGCCUGUGUGUCGCCAUGAUAGGCGCCUUCCAGUUAACAGCUUUCACAUUUCGGGAGAACUUGGCGGCCACAGCCCUCCUGCUAGCACUUUUCGGAUAUGCUAUGAUUCCAUGGAUGUAUCUGCUAUCCAGAAUCUUUUCCAGUUCAGAUGUGGCCUUCAUCUCCUACAUCUCCUUGAACUUCAUCUUUGGCUUGUGUACCAUGUUGAUGACCACCAUGCCCCGGCUCUUGGCCAUCAUUUCCAAAGCUCAGAAUUUGCAGAAAAUCUACGAUGUCCUCAAAUGGGUAUUUACUAUUUUUCCUCAAUUCUGCCUGGGUCAAGGGCUCAUAGAACUCUGUUAUAAUCAGAUCAAGUAUGAUCUGACUCACAACUUUGGCAUUGAUUCUUAUGUGAGUCCCUUUGAGAUGAAUUUCUUGGGCUGGAUCUUCGUGGAGUUGACCUUGCAGGGCACAUUUCUGCUCCUCUUGAGGAUUCUGUUUCAUGGAGACCUUCUAAGAUGGUCUAGGGGCCAUUCUGCCCUGCAGGACACAGUGAAGCCUGCUAAGGACAUAGAUGUAGAAAAGGAGGAAACAAGGGUGCUUGAAGGAAGAGCUGGAGGAGACAUGUUGGUGUUGUGCAACCUCAGUAAAAGUUACAGAAGUGUUUUCAGGGGGAAGGUCAAGGCUGUGUGUGGCAUUAGUCUGGGCAUACCACGAGGCGAGUGCUUUGGGCUCCUCGGGGUUAAUGGUGCUGGGAAGAGCACAACAUUCAAAAUUCUGAAUGGUGAAACUCUGCCAAGUUCAGGAUACGCCAUCAUCAGGACUCCUCAAGGAGAUAUGGUGGAUCUGGCUUCUGCUGGCAAAGCGGGUAUUCUUAUUGGCUACUGUCCACAGCAGGAUGCCCUGGAUGAGCUUCUGACUGGCUGGGAACAUCUUCAAUACUACUGUAGAUUACGUGGAAUCCCAAAGCAGUACAUUCCAAAGGUUGCUGCAGACUUGGUGAGGCGCCUGCACCUAGAAUCUCAUGUGGACAAACCUGUGGCCACUUACAGUGGGGGCACCAGACGGAAGCUCUCCACAGCUCUGGCCCUGGUGGGAAAACCUGAUAUUCUUUUAUUGGAUGAACCCAGCUCUGGGAUGGACCCCUGCUCUAAGCGGUACCUCUGGCAAACAAUAACACAAGAGGUUCGGGAUGGCUGUGCUGCGGUACUAACCUCUCACAGCAUGGAAGAGUGCGAGGCCCUGUGUACCCGACUGGCCAUAAUGGUGGCUGGCAGCUUCAGGUGUCUUGGGCCCCCUCAGCACAUCAAGAACAGGUUUGGUGAUGGUUACACAGUCAAAGUUUGGCUCCACAAGGAAGGAUGUCAGCCUAGUGCCGUUUCUGACUGCUUGAAGCUCCAUUUCCCAGGAAUCCAGUUUAAGGGACAGCGUCUUAAUUUAUUGGAAUAUCAUGUGCAGAAGAGCUGGGAGUGUUUAGCUGAUUUGUUCAAAGUUCUAGAGAACAACAAGCGUCUCCUGAAUAUUGAGCACUACUCCAUCAGCCAGACCACGCUGGAACAGGUCUUUGUUAAUUUUGCCACUGAGCAGCUGCAAACUUCACCCUUUCCCGUUGGUCCACUGUCCACAGAUGCUCAGCAUCUGUAUCACUCACGCAUCUAGGCACCAGAGGAGGAAGCCUGCCUCCAUCACAGCUCAUCUGAGACCAGACACGGGCACAGCUGAAGAGCUGGAGGAAAUGCCAGUCAUGUCUUCUCUCCUUUGUUACUCUGUGCUUAUUAAUAACCAAUCAACUGAAAGGUUACUCUCCAAUUUUAGACUCUUUGAGUUAUUUUUCUGCUGAUUGCCAAUCCAGGUGGGUGACAGGGUAUCUGUGACAAACACAGAAAUGAACAGACAAGAGUCCAAACUAAGAAGUGCAGGAACCAAGAGGACCAUCCUAUGUCACCCUAGCUGCACACUGCAUCCUCCUUUUACAUAGACCGAGUCCUUAGCAAAUUGGAGUUUUUCACAUCUUUAAAUAAAUGCCUGGCAAUUUAAAUUCAAACUUUCCCCAAAACUAAGUGUCAAUAUGGUGUGAUAUGAAGAUAUUGCUAUAUGGCUUCCUGCUUUAUGUCAAUCUAUCAGCAAAAUUGAAAAUGUUUGUCAUUUAUAAUCCUCUUAGAAUCCCAUCGACUAAUUUUAUAUAGUUAUAGAAGAAACUAAAAGUGGGUUAUGUUGUUAAUUUGGAUGAUUACUUCUUGUCUGAAAAUUCUAAGCCUGUUGUUUUGAGCUGUUGACAGUCCCAUGUUGCAUUAGCUUCACCUAGAGCCUUGUGGAAACUCAUGUUCUCAGGCACAAUCUCUGAAGGAUAGAAUCUCAAGUCCCUGGGUUGUGGCCAACACUCUAGGCUUAAACACGCACAAUUGCAUGCAACUAAAUGGACAGUGUUGGGAGCCAAUGGCCCCCAGCAGUCUAGUCCUAGAAGGACUAAACAUAGCACAUAGUAACUAAAUACUGAGCUUUAAGUAUUUUUCAUAAGUUCUCUAAAAAAAAAGUCACUCUCAGAAUUGCUGCCCUCAAUGAUAGGGAUCCAGUAGGGUUAUUAAAAUAAUAAAUAACAGCUUACAGUUAAUAAAAUGUGUAAAAUCAAAGUGUCUACCACUAAACAGAAUUUCCAGUCAGACACUGCUGAACAUUUUUUUUACAGCAUUUUCCUAAAUCUUGAUGAUGGACCACAUUAAUUUCCUUGCAGAGUUUGGCCUUAGCCAGCAUUAGCACUGAGCAAUAAAAGCUGUGCUAUGCAGAAAGAACUCCAUUGGGCUAUUUUUUCUAUACUAGGACUUCCUUAAACCUGCAUUUUUGGAUAUACUUUAUAUCUAAGAUAUUUUAACUAUAAUGAUUGAUCCUGUCAUGAGAACUUUGAUGUCACUGGUUUUGAUUUUCAUGUAUCAAUCUCAUAAAUUACAGCUUUUGGUGAAGAAAUUUCAAUUUACUACUUUAUGAUUUCCCUUUCUUCCUAUUCAGAUAUAUUUCAUUUCUUUUCCAUUGUCGAAUCAA